AUGGUUUCAGACAUGCUCAUUCAAAUCGUUGGACUAGUAGCAUUAUUUGCUCAUGUCUGCCAUGGUCAAUACAUUACCAGCUGCUCCAAGACCGACAUUGCUUGUCUAUCAAACAAUGCCCAAUACACCAUCACGGGAGUUGUUACUUCAGUAACAAAUGCCUCGACAUCUGGGAUUUAUAGUGCUAGUGUACAGGUGCUGUGUUCCUACUACUCAAACAUCAACUCACCUCCUAUAACUGCAGGCACUAUCAACGUUACCAACGUUGGGCGACAAACUGGUGGAUGCAAACCUGAUCUCCAAGUGAAUUCAACCUCUCUCGUACUGUGGCUCUACAUUUCGAACUCUGUCGGUCCUGUCUACAGUCUCCAGGCUCCCUGUGUAGGAUCUGUUGAAUUGACUAAUACGACUCUAAAGCCUUUAUCUGACUUGGUAUAUCAACGAGCUGCUACUGAUCAAGUUAAAGGAACCAGUUGCACAUUAUUAUCACCACCACCAUAUGGAACUCCAUCGCCUACUCCUGUUACGCAACAACCAACGGGUAAUGGUGGACUUAUGUUUAAUAGCAAUGCAGCUGUUCUCUCCGUAAAUUGUAUAAUCUUGAUGUCUUUGUUGAUGGUUACAUUGGCAGCCUUCCUGUAG